GCGAAGCCUUGCAGCAGAAUAUGUCCCACAGAAGAAUCUUCUCCUCCGGCGUCCCCGUCUCAGUCCAACGGGGACUUCAGUCACCCGGUGUACAAAGAGAUCGCCUUGGCCAACGGACACAUAAACCGCAUGACCAAGGAGGAGCUCCGCGUCAAGCUGUCGGAGCUGAAGCUUGACACGAGAGGUGUGAAGGAUGUGAUGAAGAAGAGGUUGAAGAGCCACUAUAAGAAGCAGAAGCUGAUGCAGUCCGCCGCCGAGGGAGGGCCCACCGACACCUACUACGACUACAUCUGUGUGGUGGACUUUGAAGCGACGUGCGAAGAGGACAACCCCUCAGACUUCCAUCAUGAAAUAAUAGAGUUUCCCAUGGUUCUUAUCAGCACGCACACGUUAGAAAUUGUGGACUCCUUUCAGGAAUAUGUAAAGCCAGAGCUGAACCCGCAGCUUUCAGACUUUUGUGUGAAGCUAACAGGAAUAACACAGAAAAUGGUGGAUGAAGCAGAACCGUUUCCUGAAGUCCUUCAGAGGGCCGUCGCUUGGCUUCAGGAGAGGGAGCUCGGCACAAAGUACAAAUACGCCAUUCUGACCGAUGGGGCCUGGGAUAUGAGCAAGUUCCUCAACAUCCAGUGCCGGAUCAGCCGGAUCAGAUAUCCUCAGUUUGCGAAGAAGUGGAUAAACAUAAGGAAAUCAUACGGAAACUUCUACAAGGUCCCCCGCACACAGACGAAGCUGAGCACCAUGCUGGAGAAGCUGGGCCUGAAGUAUGAAGGCCGUCCUCACUCCGGGCUGGACGACUCGCGCAACAUCGCCAGGAUAGCGCUGCGCAUGCUGCAGGACGGGUGUCAGCUGCGCGCCAACGAACGCAUGCACGCCGGCCAGCUGCUCUCGGUUCCCAGCUCUGCCCCCGUGGAAGGCGCUCCCGCACCACAUAACCCCCGCAGCAAGGAGUAGACCAGAAUCUGAGGCGUGUGCACACAGGAAACCCACGUCUGUCUUCUGCUCUUUACCCUCAGCGAGUUUAAAAUAAAAAAAGAAUAAUAAAAAAAAGAUCCAAAGCACUUUUAAGGUCAGUUUAGAUGUACUUUUUUUUUCGUUUUGGAGUUUAAAAGCUGUAGUUAGCAAAGGGUAUCUGAGUUUGACCCAUAAAUGAGGUCAAUAUUUUCAUAUGUGACGGUUCCUCUCUGACCUCCAUAUAUUUUUACACCAGAUGUCUGAGAACAGAUCAUUCCAGUGUGUUGUGGGAGGAUUUAAUUUUUCCCUCCACAGCUUCAGUGUUGUCAGUCUGUUAAAACCUCCCUCACUCUGCCUUAUCCAGCUGCUAAUAUCCAUCAAACGAUUCGAUUAAAAUGCCUUCAGUUCGUCCCAUGAUGGUGCGUUUUAGUUUUUAUUGCAGGUUUUGCUUCCAAGAACUCAAAACACAUUUAAAAUCUGUAAUUCUUGAGGCAUUGAAAUGAAAGAAUAUUGAUCAUCUGCAGCUUCGGCCUUUUUAAAAACCCACAUAUCUGUCCCAGCUGUUGUGCAAGUAAACGCAAGAAUCUAUACAUGUUGCUGCUAUUGCUGUGCCGUUUUCUGUAUUACGUAACAGAUCCACACUGUUAGACUCUUUAGGUUCAUUUUAAGGUUUGUAAACAGCCCUGUGGAUUGCUCACAUCACCAUCAGUACUGACACCACAUUGUCUACAAGGUGUUCAUCUGACAAAUUAACGGAUGCACAGCUGAAAAGAAAGUCCGUCUGUUGUGAGUACUGUGUGACUUUAAGCCAGCAUUGUGUCAUCUUUUGUAUUGAGAUUGAAUUAACUUUUAUUUCAAGGAGGAUUCUCUAUUUUAACAGGAACAGAUAUUCUUCUGAAUGCCAAAUAUUGCAAAUAAAAUAUGUUUCUCUGUAAAAAGGG